AUGGAAUUUGCUUCCGUUCUGCUUAUUUUUAAGAAAAUGUCGUUACUGCUUAUUACUUUGUAUUUUUUUCUCUUGAAGGAGAGACUUGUGGAAUGUUUGGUAGCACAAAACUAUGCCAGUGACAGUGAAAAUCUUAAACCUAAUAUACGUCGAAGAAGUGAAUUCAUCGUUGGUGAAAAAUUCCGUGUCCGAGUGGUUCUGAGUGAAGAUUUAAAAAACCAUUUACAGUAUGAUUUAUUGAAGAGGCAGGUCAAAGAUGCUUUGAUAUUCUGGACAAAGGCAAUACAACCGAAGCGAAUCUCUACCCAACAAAUAUUAAUAGAACGCAAUUGCAAUGAACGAGUUCGAUCACAAAUGCGGCCACAAUAUCAUUACUGCGAAGGUGGUUGUAACAAAGUGUCGAUAUGUAACGGUUUUGAAAUCCCCGAGAAGUAUCUCCAGAAAUGUCGUUCAUCUGAAAAAGAUGUUGUGAAAAAAGUCCAAGUCAAAAAGUCAGACAAAAGUGACUUUAUUCUGUUUAUUCGUUCGGGUGAUUAUGGACCUCACACAUCGUUGGCUACAGCUGACACUUGUCAGCUGGAUUUAGACACGAAUAGACCAAUCGCCGGGUCAAUUACAAUUUUAUCAGCUAUGAAAUAUAUUGAUUACAACCCAGGCGAAUUGAAACGAGUUAUUAUUCAUGAAUUAGGACAUACAUUCGGCUUCGAUUAUCGGUUGUUUCCUUACCUACGUCAUGAUGAUGGUAGUCCUAGAACAAGGCGUAACCAACAUACUGGUGAACCGGAAUUGCCAACAAAUGCCAACGAAGGAUUAAAAGCUGAUCGAAAUACUAUAAAAUACGUGUCCAGGACAUGGCAUACAGUCUCCGGUGAGAAGACGUACAAGAGAGUCGCAUUAACAUUACCAAGUGUAGUCAACUUUGCAAGAAAUCAUUUUCGAUGCAAUGAGCUUGAUGCGGUUGAUCUAGAAUCCGAUGGUGGCGAUGGAAAUAAACAUUCACACUUCGAACGACGUCUGUCUAUUGGUGAAGCUAUGUCUGCUACUUGCGACAUCAUGGCGUCUGUUUCAGGUUUAACUCUCAGCUACUUCAAAGAUACUGGAUGGUAUAAUGUAGAUAUUUCUAUGGCUAAACCUUGGGAUUGGGGCCGUGGUCAAGGAUGUGAAUUUAUUUUCAAAAGUUGUGGUGAAUUCAUUAAAAGUAACCGGACGUCAUCACCUUGGUGUGAUAAAAUAAUUAAUACAGAGUCAAUUAUUCACUGCAUUCCGCAUGUGAAUGCAUACGGAAUAUGCAAUUUGAUAAAACACAGUUUACCUCUAAAACCAGAGCAUAUACACUUCGAUAGCCUGCCCAAAAUAAGGCCUUCGCAACUAAGUAGGUUUGGAGGAACUGACACUUAUGCUGAUCACUGUCCAUAUUUGUCUGUAAGUACAGUUUUAUAUAGUUGUACAUUUUAA